UUUUUUUAUCUUCUUAACCAUACUCCAACAAAUGAGACAUGAGAAAAAUAAGCAUACGACACAUGGAGGUCAUUCAGUGUGUUUAAUACCGGAGUCUCUAUCACUUCCGUUUUACACCUGGACGUUAGUUGCGCAGGGAACAAUAUACUGCACAUUGUGGUGUUUUUAUGAGGAAAUGCUGUGCCUCUGCUCAGUGGGACUCUUGCGUGUAUCAGCAACAGAGUAGAACAUAUUUCACAAUAUGGUUAAUACUUAGGAUGUUUUUGGUUCUUAGUCAACGCUAAAACAAGUGAACCUUCACAUAUGGCUAUUUUGGAAAGGAAUAAUAAAAUCCUCCUUGAUUUGGCGCGACAGCCGGGUAACAAUAAAUGUGCAGACUGUGGUGCUCCUGAGCCUGACUGGGCCUCAUACACUCUUGGUGUGUUUGUGUGUCUGAGCUGCGCAGGAAUACAUCGUCAUUUGCCUUCAGUGAGCAAAGUGAAAUCGAUUCGUCUGGAUCUCUGGGACGAUCCACUAGUACAGUUCAUGCAGGAGAGGGGGAACUCUGCAGCCAAAGCCAUUUUUGAGAAGUGUGUUCCAGUCUUUUUCUACCGACCACAACAUAAAGACUGCACUGUCCUGAGGGAGCAGUGGAUUCGUGCCAAGUAUGAAAGAAGAGAGUUCACUGGAGAAAAUAACUACUUACAGCAAGUGUAUGCUUCAGGACGAUUUGAAGUAACGCUAUGGAAGAAAGGCAAAGUUAACAAGCAGUUUCUUAGAAGGAUUUUUCUUUUGUCUCAAAAGGACCUCACUCUCAGAUACUUUAUUAAGGAGGACUCGAAGGUUCCAAAAGCAGUCAUCGGUAUGAAUGAUCUGAAUGCAGUUUUCCAGCCAGAGAAGGUUGGCCACGCCCACGGCCUACAAAUAUCCUACCUGCACGACAAACGUAUAAGGAAUCUGUUUGUUUACCACGAUGAUGGACAGGUCAUUGUGUCUCUAUUCAAUGCUCUCCGUGCAACACGACUCUCAUACCUCAAAAAGAAGCACCCCACUUUUCGAGAAAAUGACUUAAUACCUCAGUUGACACGACACUGCCUAAAGGAAGGAUACAUGGAGAAGACUGGACCAACACUACGAGAGCCUUUCAAGAAAAGAUGGUUCACUCUGUGCUCCAUGAACAGAAAGCUUCUAUAUUUCAAGAAUCCUUUGGAUGCCACAGAACUGGGGACUGUCUUUAUAGGCAUGGAGAGCUAUGGUUACUCAGUGUCGGAGAGAAGCUGCAGCAGGAGCACAAAGGGAGGACAGUGGCACUGCGGCAUCACCCUGGAGACUCCAGGCCGACAGUUUGUCUUUAUGUGUGAGCAGGAGCAGGAGCAGAGGGAGUGGCUGGAGGCAUUCAGAAAGGUCAUCUCUCAAACCAUGACCCCUGAGGACUAUGCAAACGAAGCCAACCUCAGAAGAGGCAAAUAAGUAAACACCUCUCUGCAGAUGUCCAACAGACUGGGGACACGAUGAGAUGAUGUAACAGGUGGCUGCUCUUCUGCUCUACAGUCAAGAUGAAGGUAACGGAUGCUGGAAGGGGAUUGAUACGUUUUUCACAGAGACAGACUUGCUGCUGAGAAAGUUCAAAACAAACGACCAAAUCUGAUAUUAUUGGCACAAUGCCACAUUAUUGCAUCAGAAAACACUACUUGACUCCUGCACUGUCACUUUGGCCAUGGCUCAAAACAUCACUGAAACAAUGCUGUUAUGUGCUGUUUUUUAACAAUGUCUUUUUAGCUAAUUUUUGUACAUUUCUUGUUGAUGAACAAAAAUGCUACACUGCUUAGCAUUUUAGUCAGUCCUGGAUUUAAAGGUGAAUGUAGAAGAUAGACUCUGCUUUACUGAACUCUGAAAGACAGGGGAUGGGUUUCAUCUUUUUAGUGAAAUUGUAAUGUUAUUAUGGUAUUGAUUUCACAUUAUGGACAUUAUGAUUGUA